AUGCCGGCGAAUAACAGCGUCAAGAAAGCUCUCUCCCUAAUCAAGCAGGACUCGUCAAAAGUCCUCGGUCUACAAGUUGGCAGCCAUACAAGCGUUGAACCGGGCCAGUACAUUGGCAGGGCAGAUGCGCAAUCCCCCCCUCAACUCUCCUUCCGCGGUCUCUCCCCAAGCAGCACUUACAUGGUUGUUGGCCUCGAUAUUGACGCCCCCUUCCCUUCCUUCGGCGUCUUAGGCCCAAUCCUCCACUGGAUCCAGUCAGGUCUCCAACCGACUCCGUCCGAGACUGAUCCAAGCACCUAUACGUUAACUGCCACGGUACCAUUUGUCGCCAACUACAUCGGACCCGCGCCUCCCCCUGGGAGCUCACCGCACCGGUACAUUUUCAUCUUAUACGAGGAGCCACCGGCGUUCAAGGUGGAGAAGUAUGCGCCGCCUAACGGGCAGAAACUGGGCAAUAUGCAUCGGAUGAGUAUCAGCCAGGCCAGCUACGACAAGAGUUAA